ACGGCUGAGUGAAUCUCCAACACACGACAGCCUCGUUUUCAUUUUGUGCACGGGACGUUACAAAGCCACUCGAAACCUUAACACGGACGAAAGGAACUCAUCAAACGAAAUGGAGCAAACGGAAGCUGACACCUUGGCUGACUACAAGGAAGCGUUUUCACUGUUCGACAAAGAUGGUGACGGAAAGAUCACUUCCGAUGAAUUACAGGUUGUGAUGAAAUCCCUCGGGAAAAAUCCGACCGCGAGUGACAUCCGGGACAUGAUCAAUGACGUCGAUGAGGACGCCAAUGGUACGAUAGAAUUCGAGGAGUUUGUACACAUGAUGAGAAGAAGUAACUCCAAGACUACCUAUCAGGAUUACGUGGAAGCAUUUAAAAUGUUUGACGAGGAUGGAAACGGUUUGAUCACCCUAACAGAACUCAAAAAUGUGAUGAAACGACUGGGCGAGGACCUGACGGACGAUGAACUGGACAUGAUGAUCAAGUCGGCCGACAUCGACGGCGACGGCCAGGUCAACAUUGACGAAUUUGUGAUGAUGAUGACGUUCAGCCUGUUCGACAAAGAUGGCGACGGUACCAUAACAACCAAAGAGCUGGGGACAGUGAUGAGGUCACUAGGUCAGAACCCGACAGAAGCCGAGUUACAAGACAUGAUUAACGAGGUGGACGCUGAUGGUAAUGGAGAGAUUGAUUUUCAGGAAUUCUUGACAAUGAUGGCAAGAAAAAUGACGAGCAUGGACUCACAGGAAGAACUGAAUGAGGCUUUCAAAGUAUUCGAUAGGGACGGAAAUGGACUGAUCAGUGCAGCAGAAUUACGUCACGUGAUGACAAAUCUCGGCGAGAAGUUGACAGACGAAGAAGUGGACGAGAUGAUCCGAGAGGCUGAUGUCGAUGGAGAUGGACACGUUAACUAUGAAGGUAAAUAUAACUUUAUGUUCCAAAUGCUGAUGGAUAAAUAUGAUAUGACGUUGGUGCAGAUAAAAGUUGAGUUCAUGACAUGUUUUUUAUCGGUACUUACAGAAAUGCGUGACGUUUUUAAGAUAUUUGACCAAGAUGGAGAUGGUGUUAUCACCGAGCAGGAACUAGGAAUAGUCCUAAACUCAUUAGGGGAGAGUCUGUCGGACAGUGACCUUCACGAUAUGAUGUUAGAGGUCGAUGAAGACGGAAAUGGAGAAAUAGAUUUCCCGGAGUUUCUUUCCAUGAUGUCACGGAGGAUGAAAGAUCGGGGAUCCAAGGAGGAUCUCCAAGAAGCAUUCCGGGUAUUUGAUCUGGACGGAGACGGCUUCAUCACAGCUGAUGAACUACGUCACGCCAUGACAAGCAUGGGUGAAAAGUUGACAGACGAAGAGGUCGAAGAGAUGAUAAUAGAUGCGGACGCUGACGGGGACGGCCGAAUAAACUACAUCGAAUGUAAGGCAGCCUUUGAAAUGUUUGAUAAGGAUGGCGACGGGACGGUGACUACAGAAGAGCUAGCAACUGUGAUGCAAUCGAUGGGUCAGAACCCUACGGAAAAUGAAGUGGCCGAGAUGAUUAGCGAGGUUGAUAAGGACGGUAAUGGUUCUGUUGAUUUCGAGGAAUUUAUAGGGCUGAUGGGAAAGUACAUGCAAGGAGUCGAUCCCGAAACGGAAUUACGGGAAUCUUUUAAAGUGUUUGACAAGGAUGGAAAUGGAUUCAUUAGUGCCGCGGAACUAAGACAUGUCAUGACAAAUCUGGGGGAAAAACUGACCGACGCAGAGGUCGACGAAAUGAUUAAAGAAGCUGAUUUAGAUGGAGAUGGUCAGAUCAAUUACGAUGAGUUCCGGGAGGCCUUCAGUCUGUUCGAUAAGGAUGGAGACGGAUCCAUUCCGACUGCUGAGUUGGGCACUGUACUCCGAGCUCUUGGUCAGAAUCCUUCGGCGUCCGAAUUGAAGCAAAUGAUAAACGAGGUGGACCAAGAUGGAGACGGAACAGUUGAUUUCCCAGAGUUCCUAGUGCUGCUUGUACGAAAGAUGAAGGAAGCAGGAGGCGAAACGGAAAUGAAAGAGGCCUUCCGAGUUUUCGAUAGAGACGGAAACGGAAUGGUGACAGCAGCCGAAAUCCGGAACGCCAUGUACAACAUAGGGGAGAAACUUACUGACGAGGAAAUAGUAGAAUAUAAGGAAGCGUUCGAAUUGUUUGACAAAGAUGGUGACGGUUCAAUUGAUUCGAAAGAGUUGGCGGCAAUGAUGUUAUCAAUGGGACAGACUCCGACGGACGCCGAAGUACGACAGUUCAUCGAACAGGUCGACUGUAAAGGAAACGGUUGUAUAGAUCUUCCCGAGUUUAUAACCUUAAUGAUGAAGGAGGGAAUUGACGCCUACUCUAAGAAACAACUAAUGGAGGCGUUCAGAGUGUUUGACAAGGACAUGAAAGGGUUCCUAACGGUCAACCAGGUUCGACAGGCACUAACAACAUUAGGAGAGGCCCUGACGUUUGACGAGGUUGAGGAAUUGAUACAUAGCGCAGAUAAAAAUCAGGACGGGAAUAUCAACUACAAAGGUUUGUUAUUCUAUGUACUUUUUUAUGCCGAAGAAAGUUUGAAAUUCUAG